AUGGUACCUGUUCUGCACAGUAUCUCCACCAUCAUACUAAUUGCACAGUUUGUUUUGGGAAAUUUGAGCAAUGGUUUGAUAGUGUUGAAGAACUGCAUUGACUGGAUCAAUAAAAAAGAGCUCUCCACAGUUGAUCAAAUACUCAUUGUCUUGGCAAUUUCAAGAAUUAGUCUCAUCUGGGAAACACUAAUUAUGUGGGUUAAACAUCAACUAAUUUCAUCUAUUACCACUGAAGAAUUAAAAAUAAUUUUGUUCAGCUUUACACUAUCUAGCCACUUCAGUCUCUGGCUUGCUACAGCUCUUAGCAUCUUCUAUUUAUUCAGAAUACCUAACUGCUACUGGCAGAUCUUUCUCUACUUGAAAUGGAGAAUAAAGCAGCUGAUUGUUCAGAUGCUGCUGGGAAGCUUGGUGUUCUUGGUUGCAAAUAUGAUACAAAUAACCAUCAAUCUUGAGGAGAGGUUCUAUCAAUAUGGAGGAAACACAAGUGUGAAUUCCAGGGAUACUGAGUUCACAAUUUUGAUAGAGCUGGUGUUAUUUAACAUGACUAUGUUCUCUGUAAUACCAUUUUCAUUGGCCUUAAUUUCUUUUCUUCUGCUAAUCUUCUCUUUAUGGAAACAUCUCCAGAAGAUGCCAUGCAAUUCUAGAGGAGACCCUAGUGCUACAGCUCACAGGAAUGCCUUGAGAAUUUUGGUCUCCUUCCUCUUGCUCUAUACUAUGUAUUACCUGUCUCUUCUUAUAUCGUGGGUUGCUCAGAAGAAUCAAAGUGAACUGGUUCACAUUAUUUGUAUGAUAACUUCACUCCUGUAUCCUUCAUUCCACUCAUAUAUCCUGAUAAUGGGAAAUUAUAAAUUAAAGCAGACUUCUCUUUGGGUACUGAGGCAGCUGGGAUGUAGGAUGAAAGGACAGAAAACACCAACUGCAUAA